ACGAGCUAUGAAAAAGAGAGGGAGAAGGUAAUAUCCCAGCAGCACCGAGGCUAGACCAAACCAGUAGGAGAGUGGAAGGAUGAGAGGAGGAAAGAUGGCUGAUCAGUGAAGGUCUCCAGAGAGAGAAAGCAGAGAGGAGAGGACGGAGAUGAACAGGGAGACGGGGGUGAGCAGCCAGCAGAGGGAACAUCCAUCAGCUCAGGCAGCCAUGCUCUGAGCCCUGGAGCAGCAGGGCUACACAGUCGCUGCACAGGCCCAGCAUCAGGCCUACCUCAGCCCUGCGUCCCAGCCACAAACACCAGGGCAGGGACAAGAGAAGAUCCACCACAAAUCAGCUGCCCGCAGGAGCCAUGAGGACAUCCAGGAAGGGCAGCGUGGAGAUGCCUGCAUUUGUGCGGCAGCUGGUGAAAGAGACAGAGAAAAAGAUGAGCUCUUUCUUCUUCAAGGGGAGCCGUGGAGGAGGAGCAGCAGAGGGGGAGAAGCCAAGGGAGGGGGAGAAGGAGGAGGUCAUCCCCAGCCCCUACCUGGACCGGCCGGUCCUGGACAAGCUGGCAGAGGAGGGCUGCGCCCGCUGGGGUCUCACGUACGCCCUGGGGAGCAUGCAGGGCUGGAGGGCCAACAUGGAGGACUUCCACAACUGUGUGCCACAGCUGGGUGGGGAGUUUGCAGACUGGAGCUUCUUCGCUGUGUUUGAUGGGCAUGCAGGCAGCUCGGUGGCCCAGCACUGCUCCCAGCACCUUCUGGGUCACAUCCUAGCCACAGGUGGAAUAGGACCAGAGGAUUCCCCAGAAAGGGUGAGAGGUGCCCUCGUCGAAGGCUUCCUGCACACUGACAAGCACUUACACUCAGUGGCACGUCGAGAAGGCUGGGAGAGAGGUGGCACCACUGUGACAGCCUCCCUCAUCUCGCCGUAUUACAUCUACUUCGCCAACUGUGGCGACUCAAGGGCCAUGCUGUGCCGGUCUGGCCAGGUCUGCUUCUCCACUGAGGACCACAAACCCUACAGCCCUCUAGAGAAAGAGCGUAUUGAGAGCGCAGGCGGCUCAGUGUCCCUCCAGAGGAUCAACGGUUCCCUGGCAGUCUCCCGCGCUCUGGGGGACUUCAGCUACAAGGGGGCAGAGAACAGAUCCCCCGUCCAGCAGAUGGUGUCCCCGGAGCCAGAGGUGUUUGUGGUGGAGCGCUCUCCAGCAGAUGAGUUCCUGGUGCUCGCCUGCGAUGGCGUGUGGGACACCAUCAGCAACGAGGAGCUGUGCGCCUUCAUCCAUAACCGGCUGAGCGUGUGCACUGAUCUGAGGGAUGUCUGUACUCAAGUCAUUGACCUCUGUCUCUACAAGGGCAGCCUCGACAACAUCAGCAUCAUCCUGCUGUGCUUCCCUGGAGCCCCCCAGCUGUCAGCAGAGGCAUUACACCAGGAGGCGGAGCUGGAUGACCUGCUGGAGUCCAAAGUGGCAGAAAUCUAUGAUGAGCUGUGUGCCAGGGGCGAGGAACCUGACCUGCUGUCUGUCCUCACAGUCCUCGCAUCCACCGUCAUACCAGGAUUACCACCAGGGGGAGGAAUACAGAGCAAAAGAAACUGCAUUAUUUCUGCCUACUAUCAACAAAGAGAGAUGCACGGGCCAUCAGUACCGAAUGGAGGCUCCUGAAAAGCUCCACUGGGUCUCAUCUCCGAGGAUCCGUGGAGGGACUGUAACUAAUGUUGAUAUUAGAAAUGAUUUCUUCGUGUGUGCAAUCUGACAAAAAGGAAGAUGGUAAACAUACGGGGGUGUUUGAUUACAUCAUGCUAAACAAGUCGAAUCUUGUCACAACAAAUACGAUGCAAAAAUAGAUCUAAAGCCUAAUACCUUUAUAUUUAUAUGAGAAGGACAUUUUGUAAAAACUGAACUCAGAAACUCUGACCCAGCAACAAACCUCUGCCUCAUAUUCAGUGAACAGACAGUACAGAUGAUGGCCUGUAAAGCUGAAUAAUAAUCAACUGUGAAAUUGUCCAUUUCCAUUGGAUAAAAUAAGAAGUGUUAGUACAGGUCGGGUUGUAUUUUAAAUAUGAUGUUUUAUGAACAUAUAUAUAUCGAAAGAAUUACUCAAAAUAAAACUUCUAUUUGCCUUUCACCUCCGGAAAGAAAACUGUUUCAGUAUCAGUAUUCAUUGGUUACUGCAGGGAAUGCUAACAGCUGAGCAGUUGAUGUAAGUGCACAAAUGUAUAUAUUUUUUUCCCUGUUGUUAGAAGUGAAAGGCAAAUAAACAAUGAUAGAAGUAUUUUAUCCUGAUGAGUGAGUCUCGACAUUCAGAUCGAGAAAAAUUACAUUUCACAUUUUAUCACAAGAUAACAAAGAUGUUUUAUUUCACUUUAUUUAGUUCUAAACCUGUAUAAUGAAAUCCACUUGACGGGAGUGUUGAAAUAAAAGUCUGAUUAUUUAAAAGAAAAAGGGCUACACAGAAUAUAUUGCAGAUUGAGUGUGAAGACGAAAUGAUUAAAAGUAUCCAAAUACCCUAAGAUCAAUAUUUACAGACAAACCAAUAUUUAUUUUAUAGAAAUAAGUUAUACGUGUUGUGCAAUCCCUUCUAUAGAUUAAUCACAAUUCUAAGCUGAGUCCUCAGUGUAUGUGAAAUGUAUUUUUUCCAUGGCUUUGAUAUGUACAGUGCUGCCUUAUUCAUCUUUUACAGUAUUUAAAAGACUAACACACAGAAUCAGUUUCAGUCAUUUCCACCGGCAUCAUACUGCAGUAUUAUAUUGUUUCAAUAAGUACUUCUGUGUAAAGACAUUCAAUGUUAUGAGCCAUGAUUGUUUUAAACCUAAAUAAAGAAUAUUUAUCUGACUGGAAGUGUUUUUACUCACAAUGAAAGAAAAUAGGAAAAAUGAAAAAUUUUCAGCAUUGCUAUGAAGCUAGAAACAUAAAGACAAUAUAUAAAGCGAGACCAUAAGGAAAAUUAGAAUUUGUCUCCACGCACUUAUCAAACAUCCAAAGCACUGACGAGAAUCCAUCGCACGUAAUGAUACAGGACUACACAGAAUGAAUGAAAAGCACUGUCUUGCAUAGUAAAGGAUCUCCUCCAACGAGCUGAGGAGAACCUGAAUCUUGCUCUCUGCUCUGUCAUGUGAUCUUGCCGACUAUAAGGACGUCCUCUAGAAGCCACGUUUGAUUAGAUGUGCUCCAACGACAACUCUGGAUCUCAGCGUGUCGUGUCUUGAUUACAAUGAAUUUCAAUGAC